AUGAUCGGACCGGAUUGGUUUAAUGCUGAUAGACCUUAUGACGAGGAUGCUGAAUUAACAAGGCUAGAAGAGGCAAAUCAACGUUGGUUGAACUCAAUUGGCAAAAAGUAUAUGAAGCCUGUGCCAAUGGAGAAGCCUAAUCCAGCGCCGGUAGAGGAAGCCGAAACCGAUGACGAUGUGUUCAUCGUGACCGGAAAUGAGGACGCAGAAGAAGAAUCGGAGGAGUCUCAUGAUGUUGACGAAGAUGACGAAAUGUUGACUACUGAGUCACCGCCACAAAACAAUGAAAUGGAGUCGGAAAGCCCAGAGCAAGUCACUGAUACAGCUGAUCUUGAAGUCGAGGCUGCUCUGUGGCCAUAUGUACCCCAGGCCCAAGAUCAG